GGCAAACGCGGCUGAUGAGGAUAUAUUUCGUGUUUUUAUUCAUCUAACCCCUAUAUAUACUUUCACCUACUUUCGUCGAAAGAAACCAUGGACGCUUAUUGUUUAAUCCUGAUUUGAUUCCUCAAAUGAAAUUACGUGUACGAUAACGUUGUCGUAUAUAUAUAUAUAUAUAUAUAUAUUAUAUUUUGUGUUUCUGCAAAUUUGAAGCCGAUUUGCAUUUUCUUGAUCAUGCCUCUCUCUAGAUCAGGAGCUUUGCGAAUAUGUGAAUAUAUAUCCGAAGGUCAACGAAAUUGGCAUCUACAGUUUGUAAAGUCGGUGUUUGAUUCGGUCAAUUACUUGUGGCCGCCAGACUUCUCCUAUGGUCUUAUAUUUCAUAUUGUCUCGAAGUUUGAAAGUCAUUCAGGCCUUGCUAUAUAUGUACAGAAUUGCAAUUAGUACUAUAGUUCUUUGCAACAGGAUCAGAGCAGAAAGAUUUUUUUAAUCUGGGUGUUUUGGGAAGGUUUAAGAAGUUGGUUUUUGUUGCACUUCCAGGGUUUUAUUAGUCUGCAAAUUGAAGAGCCUAAUUGUUAUUUAUGGGAGGUAGAAGUUCGAAAGGGACAAGCCGGAGGCAAUUUUCAUUUGGUUCAUCAUCUUCAUUCAAUCAAGAAUCGUACCCUCCUCCUCCUCCGCAACAGAUCCCGUAUUACACUCCUCAGCAUCACCAUGCCUCCUCAAGUUAUGGCUAUGCAGCUCAAUCUCCCUAUCCUUCUCGGAAUUUGGAUACCAAAUACUCGAGGAUAGCUGAUAAUUACCAGACGUUGGAACAGGUUACUGAUGCACUUGCCUAUGCAGGACUAGAGUCCUCUAAUCUCAUUGUUGGUAUCGAUUUUACAAAGAGCAAUGAGUGGACAGGUUCCAGGUCAUUCCACCGGCGAAGUUUACAUCACAUCGGGAAUGAUCUAAAUCCCUAUGAACAAGCAAUAUCCAUUAUUGGGAAAACUUUAUCUGCUUUUGAUGAGGAUAACUUAAUCCCUUGUUUUGGAUUUGGAGACGCCUCAACCCAUGAUCAAGAUGUUUUCAGCUUUUACCCAGACGGGAGAUUUUGUGAUGGAUUUGAGCAAGUGUUGAGACGAUACAGAGAAAUAGUUCCACAUCUUCGACUUUCAGGACCUACUUCUUUCGCACCCAUAAUCGAAAUGGCUACGAGCAUUGUUGAGGAAAGUGGAAGCCAGUACCAUGUGUUGCUACUAAUUGCUGAUGGUCAGGUCACAAGAAGUAUUGAUACGCCAAAUGGUCAUCUCAGCCCACAGGAACGAAAGACUAUCGAUGCUAUUGUCAAAGCCAGCGAGUACCCCUUGUCAAUUAUCUUAGUUGGAGUAGGAGACGGACCUUGGGACAUGAUGAGGGAUUUUGACGAUAACAUCCCUGCUCGAGCCUUCGACAAUUUUCAGUUUGUGAAUUUCACCGAAAUAAUGUCGAAGAAGGUGGAUCCAAUAAGGAAACAGACGGAAUUUGCUCUUGCUGCUUUGAUGGAAAUACCUUCUCAAUACAAAGCAACAAUUGAAUUGAACAUAUUGGGUCAACAGACGGAGGAUGCUCCAAACAGGGUUGCUCUUCCCCCACCUCUUGCAGCUUCUCUUGGCAAUAGCUCAAAGCCACACCACUCGAGCACUUUCCAGCAUAGUUUUAGAACCCCUCUUUAUCCAGAAUAUGACACAGUAACCGGCAACUCUCUCUCCAAUUCUGUUAAUGAUAAUCGAGUUUGCCCGAUUUGUCUCACUAAUCUAAAGGACAUGGCUUUUGGUUGCGGACAUCAGACAUGCUGUGAAUGUGGAGAAGACCUUGGACUGUGCCCAAUUUGCCGUGCCCCCAUCAAAACCAGAAUAAAGCUAUAUUAGUAGGCUCUUGGACAUCGCCGAGAUCUGUUGCUGCUCUUGGUUUCAGCAAAGUUAAAUAGGUGGAUGGAUGCAUCCAAUGGCCAUGACCAUUGACCAGAAGCAAGAGAACGUUUAGCUGUCGAACAGUUUCUCUUUCCAUCUUCAUUUCUGUUCUCGGACUUCUAUUCAAGGCUUAUUAAGUUAUAAUGACCUGAAUUUACCUGUUCUGGAUGGUCCAGCAACACUAUUGGUUCUCUCUUCUGGCAUACGGGGGAACUGGAAGUCGUGAUGAAAUUGAUCGAUCAAAUUACUAGAGGUGGAACGUUGGCUGAUGUGAAAUGGCUGGAAUUCGUGCUUGCUGCUUAGUUCUUAGACAGUGAAGAUUGGGGAAUGAAACCCCAUGCUCAUCCUAUGAUAUGCUCCUAUGCAGCUGCUGGGCUGCUUGUUGGAGGAAGAUUUUAAGGGAUUGGGUUUUUAGUUUGUGAAUGAAGUUUUGAUCUACUCGUUUUCUUUGCUUCUUUUAUGUGUUUGUUUAUUUAUUGGGAUUUUUUUAGAACUUCAAAUUUUCAUACUGUUCACAAUUUAGAGAGAAACUAGAAAAUAGGAAUAGGAAAUUGAGUGUAGGGUUGUCAAUUCUUUUAUCCCAGCAAAGACUGUAAACAUUCUUCACUGUUCUGUAAGGUUUACAACCAACAAAUUCUUGAUGUAUGAAGCAUUCCGACUUUCAAUUA